CUGUCUGAGGUGGGGCUGUCGUACGUACGGCUCUCCAUCACUCUUGGUGCCACUGGUUGGAUUUCUCUCUGCUCAGUCUCACGGUUGGACUUUGAAGCCAACAUGAGUUACAGGACCGUGGUGAUGUACAUGGAGAUCAGUUGCUUUGUAGUCUGUGUAUGCGGAUGGAUCCUGGUCUGUUCCACCAUGCCCACAGAAAUCUGGACUUGGUCUGAAGUAGACAGUCGAGUUCUGACCACUUCUAACUACUUCUCCAACUUGUGGAAGGACUGCAUAUCGGAUUCUACUGGGAUAUCGGACUGCAAGGGAAUUCCGUCAAUGCUCGCCCUGAGCUGGGACAUUCACAUGUGCCGUGCCCUCAUUAUCAUCUCGAUUAUCCUGGCUUUCUUUGGAUCCAUUCUGGUUUUAGUGGGAAUGAAGUGCACAAAGAUCGGAGGAUCGGAAAUUGCAAAUGCAAGAAUAACCUUUGCAGGGGGGAUGAACUACUUUAUCGGAGGUAAAAGUCAGUCGAAGAAAUCACAAUACUAUGGAAAUAAAGUUAGAGCAGAAUUUCAGGAUCCUUCCUUCAGAGCCAAGAAGUUUGAAAUAGGUGUUGGUGUGUUUAUUGGCUGGGGAGGCUCCACCUUACUUGUUGUUGGAGGUCUUAUUUACAGUAUUUUUGCAGGAAGAGAAGGGUACCAAUCAAGCUCCAAAACCAAAGGACUGCCGUUGUACCAGAUGCCUAAUGCCUACGCAGCUGCUCCAGCUAAACAGAGCCUCAUAUAUUCUGCUCUCACAAGCGUAAGUGAGAGCAAAAAAUCAAGGAGCACCAGCAGUGCCAGCAGCUUCUCAGAAAUCAGCAGGAGCACCAAGACCACAGCAACAAAUGCAAACGUGUGACCAUGUUUCUGACGUGGACUCUUUUCUGAUUUUCUGUAGUUCGUUCAUGCAUUCAUAUUCUAUACCCAUUUA